GUCCGUUCCGGCGGGAAGUGGAUACACGGCUGAACAGCAGACGAAGUCAAAACACGAUCAUGGCGAUCCAACUGAACAUCAGUGCCAAAAUCGCUGAAACUCCUGCUGAGGAUCAGCCCACCGUGCAUUACAUGCCUUGCCGGAUUAAGUCUGAUGGUCCUGCGAAUGUGUCGUCGUAUUUCAAGCCAAUUCCACUCGAAAGUGAUCCUAAAUACAAAAAAGCAUCAUUUCGAGGACGCCCCUUGUUAGGUAAAGACAUUGUCAUGCCUUCUGGGUACAAAGGUUUAGUCGUUCAAGAGACAAAACAACCACUAGUAGAAAAUAUUGAUCGUACUUUACAUGUGUCUCAUGUGUUUGAUAAAAUAACCUACUGGAACUGGGACAAAAUGCCCUCAGCCAACGACGCUUUUAUCAGCGCUCUGGAUUGGAUUGAUAUAGCAGAAGCUAUACAUGCUCCAGUGGACAGUUCAAAAGACUGAGGCAGUAGAUCUCAAAGUAGAGUUCAAGUCUUACCCCAUGUGAUUUUGAGCUCUUGGAAGAAAAGCUGCAAGAUUAAGUCCGGCGUUAUACAAAAAAUAAAAGUGGAGGAGAACAUGAGUUGGUUACCUUGCGGUCUCUAGUACAAAAGACAUAAGAAGAUAGUGUUUAAGACUAGGUUCAUUGUGUGUCUAAUACAUACUGACUGAUACAAUCGGGGGUCAUUUUUGGGAACAAGUGAAUGGAGGGUAGACAUUCUCAAUGAAGGCAGUACAGGAUUUGAGUAUUUGAGUUGCAAGUCUUCCAUGAAAUGACAAACUUCACCUGGGACAACAUGGCAUCAAGGCAA